CUUUGUACAGAAACAACACUUUAGCCUCAGAACAACAGAGAAGUGCACAGCUGCAAAGCCCCAGGGAAGCUGCUCACCUACUCUGUCCCUUUACCAUGGACUACCUUUCAGCCUUGAACCCCAAUGGACUCCUGAGGUCAGUUUCCACUAUGGGCUCUGAGCUUGGCCGUAGGGUCUGGAACUCAGCCCCACCACCUCAGCGACCCUUCCGUGUUUGUGAUCACAAGCGGACAGUCCGGAAGGGACUGACAGCUGCCACCCGCCAGGAACUGCUAGAUAAGGUGCUGGAGACUCUGCUGCUGAGUGGAGUGCUAACCCUGGUACUGGAAGAGGAUGGGACUGCUGUGGAGAGCGAGGACUUCUUCCAGCUGCUGGAGGAUGACACAUGCUUGAUGGUGCUAGAGCGGGGACAGAGCUGGAGCCCCCGGAGUGGGAUGUUAUCAUACGGCCUAGGACGGGAGAAGCCAAAACACAGCAAGGACAUCGCCCGCAUCACCUUUGAUGUAUACAAGCAAAAUCCUCGAGACCUCUUCGGCAGUCUGAACGUCAAAGCUACAUUCUAUGGGCUCUACUCCAUGAGCUGUGAUUUCCAAGGAGUUGGACCCAAAAAAGUACUCAGGUCAGAGAUCAACAUGUCCUACACCCUACAGGUGGACAGUUCAAGUUCUGCCUCUUGUACCCACAUACCCCACAAGCUCUCCUGUGUGAACGCCAUCCCCACCCCAAGCUCCCACGGUCUAGGCCUCCUCUCAGCUUCCCCUCAAUCCUUUGGUUUCCUCUCACCCCUGCCCUUCAGGGAACUCCUCCGUUGGACUUCCUCACUGCUGCAAGGCCUGGGUCAUAUGCUGCUGGGAAUUUCAUCUACCCUUCGCCAUGUGGUGGAAGGGGCUGAGCGCUGGCAGCGGCACAAGCAGAGCCACCUCCAUUCAUAAUGAAAAGGGCUUUGAGCAUGUACCCUGAGACUGGUUCCAAGAGACAUCAUCAGAUUUGGGGUCUGCAGUGUGCCAGAGGUAACUCACCCGACUCCACCGUAACAGAACCUACAGCACACUGCCUUGGUUCUCCAGUCUGCACAUUCCCUGAAGAAUGCUGCCUAUCUUACCUACAAAUCCUGCCUUCUCCUUACCCUGCAGAACCACAACCUUGUCUGCUGGCAUCCUGAUCCCACCAUAAUUGCAGCUGUAUCUCCAUUCUUACUGACUCUUAUCCCAAAGAUCCCACUUACCAAUGACAACUGUCCCUAGCUUUACCCUGAGAUACCUUUCCCCUAAAAAAUAAAAAUAUUCCCAAGUAAAA